AUGGCUGAAGACUCUCACCCUGCCUACCUCUCGCCUAGCGAGUUAGGCACAAAAGAUUACUGGGAAUCCUACUACGCACGCACACUAGCACACAUCUCCCACGAAACCCCCAACCCAAACGAAGCUCCAAAAGAAAAUAAGAACGAAGAAGCAGAUGCAGACUCAGACGCCGACUCAGACCUAAACGAAGAAGAUGACCCCGGCACAUCCUGGUUCUCAGAACACAACGCCCCGGAGAAAGUGUUGCACUUCCUAACGCGCAAAUCAUUCCCGUUGUCUCCGCGGAACACUGUUAAAUCAGCAUCCAACUCCAGGUCUCAAAAGCAAAAUCAAACGCAACCAACUGUUCUGGAUCUCGGAACUGGAAAUGGAAGCAUGCUCGCAUUAUUACAAAAGAGGGGUGGAUUCCGCGGGAAUAUGGUUGGAGUCGAUUACUCGCGAGGCAGUGUCGAACUAGCGAGGGAGUUGCAGAAGAAUCGGGGGCAUUCUGCUUAUCGAAGUGAUUCCGAGGAUGAGUCUGAAUCCGAAGAGGAAGAAGGAUCCGAGGAUGUAUCCGGGGGUGGUGAACAGAUUGAUAUCGAAGCACCACCCAUCCAGUUCGAAGAAUGGGAUAUCCUAGGUUCAACAGCUGCCCUCUCAGAAACGGGCCUCCCGGUCGAAUCAGCACCCACGCCAGACAAAAGUUUGAAUUGGUUCCCCUAUUCAGCCGGCGGCUUUGACCUAGUCCUGGACAAGGGGACCUUUGACGCCGUCUCGCUAGCUGACGAUGCCAAGACGACUCGAGUUUGUGAGCGGUAUCCCGAUAUUGCGCGGCGGUUGGUGCGUCGUGGUGGGUUUUUGGUGGUUACUACUUGUAAUUGGACGGAAGAGGAGCUUGUUCAUUGGUUUACUGGUGGCAAGGAGAAGGGGGAUGGAGAGGAGCUUGUUCAUUGGUUUACUGGUGGCAAGGAGAAGGGGGAUGGAGAGGACCGGUUGGUUGUAUGGGGACGGGUUGAGUAUCCUCGUUUCCGGUUUGGGGGGCAUGAGGGUCAGGGCGUUUGUACGGUUUGUUUUACUAGGGUUGGAGGUGAUAUUUAG